AUGAGCUGUGAAAGAAAACAGGCAUUUUCCACGGCUCUAGCUUCUUUCUCAGCUGCAGCAGAUAACAUAGCGCUACAGUUGAAAACUGACAAGGCAAGCUAUGAUCAGGUUGAAAACGGAAACGAGGGCACCCUAAGCGGUGUCCAUGCUGUCCAUUUAUUAUGUAAAACUGCUCUCUCUCAACUAGAGCCUCCGGAAGAACUCUCACGUCUAGGAAAAGAGAAGCAUCUCCUAUUGUUAGAAUGUCUCCGUGGCAUGGCCCGCUGCGCUUUUAAGGCGGGAGAACUUCAGAAGGGUUUGCAGCUUGCUGUAGACCUCGACAGCCCUAUCGUUUACCGUCAGUGCGCUGAAUCUCUGCUGAGCAUUCAGCAGCACCGGCACGCAGCUGCUUUGCUUAGCAGAGCAGGGGAUCCUGAACGUGCAGCUUCAAUCUAUAUUGAGGUUAGACCACAAAUUGCUGUUGCUCAGUAG